UGAUCUGAGAGUCGCGUUUUGAUGACGUCAAGAAGAAGGAGGAGCUGUUACAUUUGAACCGAACGCGCGACACGGAAGACUUUUUUUUUCCGCUAAAACAAAACAGAAAAUGACAAAUAGUUUUGAAUAAAGUCGUUUUUUGUUCAUCAACCUGAUCCUCAAACGCACAUUCUGGCUGCUCCAUCAUGCCUAUCCGGGCUUACUGCACCAUCUGCUCGGAUUUCUUUGACCACUCCAGAGACGUAGCAGCGAUCCACUGUGGUCACACUUUCCACUACGCAUGUCUUCUUCAGUGGUUCCAGUCAGCUCCCACCAAGACCUGUCCUCAGUGCAGGAAGCAGGUCAGCACGAGACACAUCAUCAACAAGCUGUUCUUCGAUAUAGCGCCGGAUGAAGAGGGAUCUGCAGCCGACCCCGAGAGCUUACAGAAUGAGCUGGACAGAAUGAAAGUAGUUCUAUGUGAAAAAGAGAGAGACUGGAGAGACAAACAGAAAGCGGCCGAGGCUCUGAAGGAGACGAUCGAGAAGCAGAGAGCCGACCUAGAGCGAGUGAGGAGAGAGAUCGGAGAGAAGGAGAUGCUCUGUACCACCCUGAGAAAGCAGAUGCAGUAUUUGGAGAGUCAGCAGAGAGAAAGCGAGACGGCUAAAGAGGAGGCCAAGAGGCUGCGGGUCAAAAUGAAAACCUACGAAAGCCUGGACGUGGUGCUGCAGGGUCAGAGGGCCGAGGUGGAGGCCAUGAUCUCGGAUAUGGGAGUGGGACAGUCGGCUGUGGAGCAGCUCUCCAUCUACUGCAUCUCUCUCAAAAAAGAGUACGACAGUCUGAAAGGCAGCCUCCGGACCUCCAACGAGAUGUGUGAGAAGCUGAAGAGGGAAGUGUUCUCCUCUAAUAACAAGUUGCAGAAAGCCUCGCUAGAGGUGAACCGAGUGAAGGAGGACAUGAAGGCUCUUCAGAACGACCUCACCAACUCGGAUAAAGAGAUCACGAGUCUGAAGAAGAAAGUGGAGAUCCUGCAGAAGACCCUGAGCACUCCCACACGCACCAAUGAGGCCAUCAGCCGUCUCGUGUUCGAGAGCCCCGCCCCUGUGGAGCUCAAGUCCCCGCGCCUGCACCGGCCCUCAGACAGCCAGGACAUCGACCUCAACAUGACCUUUGACAUCAGCACACCUGAGCAGGUGGAGAAGAAGCCCGUGGCCGUUCCCUCGAAGAAGAUGCGCCUGGAUCCGGCAGCGACGUCGUCCAGACACUGCGAGAACACGUUCGGGAGUAAGAUCUCACACCCUAAACAUGACGAGGUUUCCAUGGAGCCCAUGUUCAGGAACUCUCUGCUGUUCAGGAAGAAGAUGUUCGGCAGCAUGCUCGACCCGCACAGCAAACCUGGAGCUGUAAGAACGGGCUACGAUGGACUCGGAGGAAGGACCAAAUUCAUCCAGCCCUCUCCGCUGGCUGAGAUCCGGCCGCUCGUCAUGAAGGCCAAGCGGAAGAAAGUCUCGAGGCCAGCGCCCAGCAAACUGACCCCCAACCUCACCACGCUGGACGGAUUCCUGGAGUGACCUCUGACCUUUCAGCGCUCUGGCCAACCGAGAGAGAGGCGGGACUCUUCGUCUGACGUCUCGUCUGAACUUUAUCAGGACCAGGAAGCUGAAAGACGAGAACAAGCUGCUGUUCAGGCUCGUGUCCGUUCGUAUGGACUGGCUUGUGAUAGAAUUCUUUUUUUAUUUUUUUAUUUUGUCCGGGAUCCAACAUUAAUCUAACUCCACUGUUGAUUGGAGUUUUUUUUUUUAAACACACAAACAGUUCCUAUUUAUUUUUUUAUAAUUGUGUAGAUUUGCUGUCAGUUCUUUUAUUUGUGCAUUUUUGGUCUCUGUUGAAUGUGUGUACUCUUGUAUAUUUUUGUGUCCCAGUUAUUCCAGUUACAGAGUGAGACUUAAUAAACUAUAGUUUACUUGUUUUCUGCGCUCUGUUUUAACAGGUUUCAUGUUUUGGCAGGGGGCCAGGGAUCAUAAAGGUGUGCAGGUCUUGUGUUAUUGUUGUGGUUUGUGCGUCAUCUCAUUAUUAUUACUUCUGCCUUUUUACAUUGCAACUCGCUCCCCCAUUGUUAGCAUUGUUGCUAAAUGCAGAAAAAUCAGUGAAAAAGCACCACUUAUUCCAAGGAAGAUUUGGAAGCAAAAAUAUCUCCCGAGUCCACACUAUUGUACCUGCUCCAGUCCACAACACCUCAAACGACCAUAACAUUAUCACUGAGAACGAACCAGCACAUCAACAAUAUCAGCUCCUGCUGGUACGGUGCUCUUUCCACUGAUGAACAGUAGGGCUUCAGGACUCGAGUCCUGGCUCGAGAUGUUUUCUAUAUUGACUUGCCUUGAAAUUACUGGCGUUUGUACUUUGGCUUUGUCUCAGGUCUGGUCUCAAGUGAGAGUUUGUAAAAAAAAAAAUAUAAUAAUAAUA